ACUCGCUCGGCGGCUGCGGAGCUUGCGGGACUUGGGCGGCGGCGGCGCCUCGGGCUCCUGGCGCGGGCACCUCUAGGCAGACACCAUGAGGCGAGUGGUACGACAGAGCAAGUUCAGACACGUUUUUGGCCAGGCUGUGAAAAAUGACCAAUGCUAUGAUGACAUCCGGGUCUCCCGAGUCACCUGGGAUAGCUCCUUUUGUGCGGUCAACCCCCGAUUUGUUGCCAUCAUCGUAGAAGCUAGUGGGGGCGGGGCAUUCCUCGUGCUGCCCUUGCACAAGACUGGUAGAAUCGACAAAUCCUACCCAACAGUAUGUGGCCACACGGGACCCGUGCUCGACAUCGACUGGUGUCCACACAACGACCAGGUCAUUGCCAGCGGCUCGGAGGACUGCACAGUGAUGGUGUGGCAGAUCCCAGAAAACGGACUCACCCUUUCCCUGACGGAACCCGUGGUGAUUUUGGAAGGCCAUUCUAAGCGGGUUGGCAUAGUGGCUUGGCAUCCAACCGCACGCAAUGUUCUGCUCAGCGCAGGUUGUGAUAACGCUGUCAUCAUCUGGAACGUGGGGACGGGGGAAGCCCUCAUAACCCUGGAUGACAUGCACUCGGACAUGAUCUAUAACGUGAGCUGGAACAGAAACGGGAGUCUCAUAUGCACGGCUUCCAAAGACAAAAAAGUGAGAGUGAUCGACCCCCGCAAGCAGGAGAUUGUGGCUGAAAAGGAAAAGGCACAUGAAGGAGCUCGGCCCAUGAGAGCCAUCUUCCUAGCGGACGGCAACGUCUUCACCACCGGUUUCAGCCGCAUGAGUGAGCGGCAGCUCGCCCUCUGGAACCCGAAAAACAUGCAGGAGCCCAUCGCCCUUCAUGAAAUGGACACCAGCAAUGGCGUCUUACUGCCCUUCUAUGACCCUGAUACCAGCAUCAUCUACUUAUGUGGGAAGGGUGACAGCAGCAUCCGCUACUUCGAGAUCACGGAUGAAUCCCCCUACGUCCACUACCUCAACACUUUCAGCAGCAAAGAGCCGCAGAGGGGCAUGGGCUACAUGCCCAAGAGAGGGCUUGACGUCAACAAAUGUGAGAUUGCUAGAUUCUUCAAACUCCAUGAGAGGAAGUGUGAGCCCAUCAUCAUGACUGUUCCCAGGAAGUCUGACCUUUUCCAGGAUGACCUGUAUCCAGACACGGCGGGACCGGAGGCCUCUCUGGAGGCGGAGGAGUGGUUUGAGGGCAAGAAUGCCGACCCGCUCCUCAUUUCCCUGAAACACGGCUACGUUCCUGGCAAGAACCGCGACCUCAAGGUGGUCAAGAAGAACUUGCUGGACAACAAGCCCGCGGUCAACAAAAAGGGGGGCCUGAUAGGCCCCGCCAAGGGAAUGGCUGACGGCGUUGGGGCCAUGCAAAAUGAAGCCAAGUUGGAUGAGAUCCUGAAGGAGAUCAAGUCCAUCAAAGACACGAUCUGCAAUCAAGACGAGCGCAUUUCCAAGUUGGAGCAGCAGAUGGCGAAGAUAGCCGCGUGAAGGCCCAAGAGUCGGGAAAGUGGGCGGGAGGCGGGAGGCGUGGGAGACUGCCAGCCAUCGGUCACCUUCCCCGCGCACAGGGAGCCGCCAUUUAAAAAGGGGAGCUUUUUUAUCAAAAGCCUUUCUGAUGUUUUAAGUGUUCCGUGACUGUUUGUUGAACUUAAAAGAAACAAAAAAAAAGUGCUACUUUUAAAGUUCCAGAUAUUCUGAAUUUUGGAAACCAAACCAUUCAGAUUCAGUGUUGUGCCCGGCCUCUUUUUAGCAUUAUCGUUGUCGUUGUCGUUGCAGAAUAGGGACCAAUGGAUGCCACGUCGCUCUUUAGAGUUUGUUUUUUUAAACUUGCCAAAACCAAAAGUAGCUUUUUUCCCUCUGUAUUUUGCUACUUUGCAGUAUUUGUGUGUGUGUAUUUUUCCUUAAUUUGAAAGGGACAGCACUGUGUAUGUUUAUAAAAUGAAGAUAAAAUAUUAUUUUAUAUAAACAUUCAUCUUAGAACAAUCAGAGCAGUAGCCACUUUGUGCUGCCUCGUCUGUGGCACGAAGGGAGUCGGGGAAGGACUUGGCGAAAGGAAGCUGGGAGCAGUCCCAAGGGUUGCCUGGCCCGCCCUCCCGGCCUCCCCCCUGGGCUCCUGGGAUGGGCCUCUUCUCGUUGCCCUCGGGGGAAGCCAGCCAUUCCCCCUUCUCCUGCUCCCUCCUGCUGUAGACGCGGGGUGGGUGGUCCCAGGCCUUGGGCUCUCGGGCGGCGGCUCUGUCCAGACUGGUGCAGGUGCUGGCAUCUUGACCGUUUCUUACUUGAAGCAUCAUGUUUUCAGGUUCGGGGCUAGCGCCUGGCAGGCGUGGGCGCCCCAGGACGAGGAUGUGGGCGAGCGGCGACCCUGCGCCGCCUGCCCAGUGCUUGGGCACCGACCACACAAAACUCGAAGGGGAGCUUGGAUCCUGUAGUCUUGACUUUUCUGUUGUUUGCUGUCUUGCUCUGAUGCCGUGCCAGAGGGAGAAAUUGUCUUUUCACUCCCUGAGCGCCCUUCCCUUUGCUAAGUCCACACAUACAAGUUACUGUACUCAGGGCCCCCUCCCCCUGCAUUUUGUUCUCCCUCCCUCUAUUUCAAACAGACUUCCCAUUAAGCUUCUGAGAUCCGUGGAGAUGGUGCUUGAUGCAUGUCAGAGCAAGUGGUCGGUGACACGAGUGAGAAAGUGGCUGAGCCCGGUGAGGCCCCUUCUGCCCUUCCCCCCCACCCGGGGCCGCCCUUCCUGCCCCCCAGCCCUGCAUGCCUGCAUGAGCCGGCACACUCAGCCUUUCCGGGGGGGGCAGGCUCAGGCAGCGGGGACCCGGCCUCGAUCAUCUGUCUCAUGGCGUGGGGAGCCGGGCUUCUGCAGAAGGACUGAGUGUCUCAGGUCGGACCUGGAAAGUCUGCGGGUGGGGCGGCAAAGGGAGCUUCGGUGGGGCGGCAAAGGGAGCUUUGGGGGCGCUGGCGGGGUGGGGGCUGUGGGGAUGGGCCAGGGCGUCGUCCCCCGUUUGUACGGAAGUGGCCGAUGGGGUGUGUGAGAGGGAAGCAGUCUGUGGAGCGACUGGGGUGCGGAGAGGUGCCUGCUGUUUCUGGGCCUGGCCCGGUCAGCCUGGGGCCCGGGCCCGAUGCCCGCCGGGCAGGGAGCUCGAGGGAACGUGGUUCUGAGGUGCGAAGAGGGCAAGGAAAAGUCACUCUGAUUUUCAUUUGUUGCUUGUAUCUUAUUUAAGUGAAUGGAUGCCUAACUAGGCACAAACAGUCAGUGCCUGAAGCUGGGGGGCAGGAGAGGAGUGCGCGGGGAUGGCUGGUUGUUUGUUUUCUUAAGUCGUGAUAGCCCAGAGGAGAACCCGUGAAUUAUUCCACGAUCGGCUCUUAUAGAGCGGCCAUAGUAUUCUGUCAAAAUAUUUGCUUCCAUUUUCAACGAUAAAAUCAUUGAUUACAAAA